GGCGGGAAUAUUGAGGGCGAUCUUUCCUCGGAAAGGGCAGAUGGGUGGGACAGGAGGGGUGUGGCCCGUGCUCUACACGACCCUCAGCCUACCCAGACUUUCGAUGUGCGGGGAUUCGGCUGCAUGUGACGAUAGCUCCUGUCGUGCCUUUCUUCUUAUUAAGAUCAGCCCGAUUCCAUUACGAAAACAACAGAUCUGCGGAAACAAUAGAUCUGUGGAAACAACGAGAUGUGGAUGCCACAACUGAAAGACCUGAAUGCAAUUGAUAGAUGCAAGCCACAUCGAUAUCUGAGGUCUCGGAUCUGGUCCUCGACAGGAGAAGUUCGCCAAAUCCGAGUUCCAGCUUGGAGGUUACCUUCGAUCUAAUUUGCGCCGCAAAUGUCCCGGACAAACCUGCACUAGACUCUGGAGUCUUCUUGGCCGUUUGUCAGCAAUGACUUCCCCAACACCUAAGAAGAUAGGCUACCACGGGAUCUCCCGCACCUGGGCGGAAAGAGCAAAGGGCGGGAGAGCAUUAAUCGCGACCGCCAUUUAUACGUAUCGCUCCGGAUUGCGGGGGCGAAGGCGCCCAACACGUGAUUUAGCGUCUUGUUGCCGUUCAGCAAUUUCGUGCUCCUCCAGUCGCAACACUGAACACGGAAUUUUGAGUUGGGGUCUCAAAACCAUUCCAGCCUUGUUCUCAAGUUGUUGCUUGUGCUGUUGUCCUUGUUUGUCUUUUACGAUCUACGUUUUCCCUUGGCAAGCAGAGCGAGAGCGCAAAUAUCAAUUUUCCUCUUUUCAGGUCUCCACCCACUAGUGCAAUCCAUCCGUUAGCUUUUAGCCUGGAAACCCCCAAAAGCCGACAGGCCCACUCAGCCCGCUUUCAAUACGGUCUUGUUGACGGAUCCGAAUCAUCUGUUUCGAAUUGCGCAAGUUUGUCAACUCCCCUCCGAGGCCCUCCGAGAACCCCCGCGCAGGGACCUGGGGUCCGGUCAUGCCGAGCGACGUGGUUGAGAUUUUGGAGUCAGAGGAUUGGGCAGGCGGCGAGCACAUCUCACAGUGCCGCUCGGCGUGGAAAUCGGCCCUGAAAUG